UUCUUCCGGUCCCAUGGGACCUGUAUCCCUCUGGAGACUGAAAUGGGAGAGUUGAAUGAAAAAUGCAAACCUGAAUAAUAGAUGAGUGAAACCUUAUACACUGUUUGAACCUAAUUUCUAUUGUAAGCAUGUAGGGAAUAAGCUGUAAAUAUAGACUUAGGAAUUGUAAUAUCACAAUAGACAUUCAACUUCUUAUAAUAUUCUUGGUCAUACAUGAUUCGAGUUGGUCAUACAUGAUUCGAGGAAUUAUUCCAUAUUGGUUUUCAAUUUUUAUGAAAAAUAUAUACCAACUUUCUAUAUUAUGCAGUCAAUCUACAGCUGUACACUAGCCGAAAGCAUUUGAUUAUCCACUCUAUAGGCAAACUAUUCCUGCAUUCUUUGAUCAAAUGAGGGUAGACCUUACUAGAAAUUACUUCUUCAGAUAUUUGCAGAUAAAAGAUGACCACGUUGACCUAUGUUGGACAGGUCCUUCAAAAUAUGCCCAACGUCAAGCAAACUUAUACCCCUAAAUGACACAUUUUAAUCAGUUAACCAGCCCUCCACAAUAUGUUUCAAAGCUGAAAGGAAGGAGGCACUGCUAUUCUACUGAAUGUAAGUAUUAACGUUUAUUAAAACAUUUUUGCUUCCGCAUUGGCACGAAAACUUGAUACAGUUCCAGCACAAUUGUCUUCACACAAGCAAAACUCUGGAGUGGGGUUCUACUUUGGAAGUUAGCGCUUGGAGCUAUCGAUGUCUGCAAGUUUACAAAACUAAAUAAUCUAGAACUUGAGUCUUCUUCAAUAUGUCUCAGAAAAUGUUGUGUAAUGUAAACAAGCCCUCAAUGGUAAGUCGCUGGGAAUGUGUUUGUGAGUACCAACUCCAGUUCCUGUUCCGCCUCCACUCGGAGCCUUGAACCAUUGUUAUUUGCUAAAAUUAAAAUGACAAAAACUUUAUUUUGUAAAGUCCCAUCCACAAUGCCAACUUUGAAUUGAAGGUAAUCAUAGCUCAUAUAUGCUGUGCACAACAACCUGGGUGAAGAGAUCACAUGCCAAAUUGCAAAUGUUAAUGCUCCCGGGAUCCAAAAAUACUUGUGUGAAUAAGCGCCGAUGCUGUAGGGUGCGUAUAAAAAAUAUGUUUUCGCUGCAGCUGUAUGACAUGCCACCAGUGGUAGAUAAUGUGGCCAACUUUUUCUAAUGUAAUACUUUAAGUGGGAUAGCAUCCUACCAAACAAAUUACACAACUGGAUGUCAGUGAAAUCUAUUUUUGAUUGAAAUGCCUUUCCUCAGGCUAGCUGGAGUAAUGCAGCUGUCCGCCGAAUGUGAGGGAAGCUACAAACGUUAGUGCAGCCAAUAUCAGGGUGACUGUUAACCAACCAGCCAGGAAAUAGACCUUAGAAAACCUCUCUACAUGUGUUCCUGCCACCUGGGACCCUUAAAUCCCAGUGCUGCUAUUGUUCAGCGUCCCAUUGUGACACAGCUAAACAGCAGCGGAGAGGCCAUCUUCCUUGGUGACACACAGCCCAGAUGCACUCCUCCUUCCAUUUCCCAACCAAUGCAGCACUGAUAUGCAUCCUCUGCCUAUUUGAAUGUGUUGAGUUUGAGAUAGUUUGAGACAAUUCAGAAAAGUAGGAAAACCAACGAUAUUCUAAAAACAAUGCUGCACAUCCACGGGCAUGUUUUGGACUAUAACAGAUGUUUAAUAAGACUCACUUCAUUUGGAUAUAAUGAUGGAGCUAGUAAAUGGAUCCAGAUGUUAGAAAGGUAAAAAAAAGAGGCACCAGAUUGCAUUGGGGUUGGAGUGUUGGGCUAGUUACCAAAAGGUAAAAGCUAUUGUUGUGCCCCUGAACAGGUCACAUAUGAAAAUUCUUAUUGCUUGUGUAAAGUGCUCUGGAUGAGACAUAAGCUAUUAUUUACUAUAACAGCUUAUGUCAUGUAUACCAAUAUUGUUCAUUCAUAGUGUGAAUAGAAAGAAAACAUAGGAUGUUGUGGGCCCUCUGGAAAGUCCUAAAAUAUGCCCAUGACUGCAGUGAUGAAAGGGGACAAAGUAUGUAUGAGAAAGUUGCUCAUAGUUGAAGUCACCUGUAACCUGUAGGCUAACUUCGAAACACUCAGUUAUUUUUUUCCAGGAUUCAUUUAAAAACUUACAUUGAUCAAAUUGAAAUGGGCUGAUAGUCUUCACUGCAGGUCUUCUGACCCAUCAAAAAAGGUUUAGUAGGCCUAACUUAGCAGGUAUUGUUAUCCAGAACACCUUCUCUACUUAGGUAUUUGAUGAUGAUCUACCUUUAAUAAAAACAAAUGGGCAUUAUACUCUUUGUCCCAUUAAUUUCUGUGGGCGAAUUAGGUAACAUUGUAUGCAGCUGUUUAAAAAUGUUUGAUUUAAAUGUUUGUUUUUCCCCCUCUAUGCGAGGAACUGAUUUUGUUCCUCCCUAUCAACAACGUAGUUAAGUAAAUAUUUUUUCCCGAGUUCAACUUAGAAAACUGUCAUCCAUGUUUCGUGACAUUAUAUACUCUCAACUAGUUUGAAAAAUCGCUUUCUUAACCGCAAUACCUGGGGGGGAAGACUGACUAACCACAUGCCUUUGUUGAAUGUUGAUGAAAAACGUGUUCAUGUCGAGAUCUAACGAGUUUCAAUGCUCAACUUUUCCGUAAGCCUACAUCGUUCUGCUACUAAAUAUUAGCAAAUAGCUAGCAACAUUAGCCGCGGUAGGACUUAUAGUGGACUCUAAGCAUAACUUGACACAUUGUUGACAAACCACUGGAGAGAACAUUUUCUUAGGUGUCCGGGUGUGACUGACACACGCAUGCACCCGCAUAGCAACGUUCACAGCUUCGUGUUGUAUUUCUCGUCUCAUAUUGAAAUAUGUUGGCUAUUUAAAUUGAAUCCACCUCGGUGUACUACUGUGAUACACGUGGAUGCAUCGUGGACAGCAUGUCUAUCACCAAGGGCAGCCCUACAUAUAUAGCAGAAUUGUAUGACAGACGACCUCCUCUGUGAAGCCAUUACGCGAAGGACUCGAUGGGACUGGAAAGUUAAGAGACCUAAUUCCCCAACACUCAAUAGCAACUUGAGCCUGAAUAAGACCAGCAUUGGCGGCACUGAAACUUUGAGAUUACUGGUAAGAUCUGCCACCCCGUAUUGAACUGCCAAAACGGACAAGUACGGUGACUUGAGUCGCCAAGCAUGGAAGAACUUGCCCGUGAGAGUAUCAGUCUUUUGGCAAGGUCUGCGUCGCACGCGGAUCCCCCCCGGCUCGGUUCGUUUGGUGCCAUUUUCAUCAUGCUCAAAUCUGCCCUCGGCGCAGGACUUCUCAACUUCCCGUGGGCGUUUGAGAAGGCGGGAGGAGUGAAUACAGCCAUCAGUGUGGAACUGGUGGCACUAGUGUUCCUGAUGAGCGGACUGAUAAUCCUGGGUUAUGCCUCGUCCGUCAGCAGACAGAACACCUAUCAGGACGUUGUGCGGGAAGUGUGCGGCGGGGCCAUUGGCAAGCUGUGUGAGGUCUGCUUCUGCUUCAACCUCUUCAUGAUCUCUGUGGCCUUCCUAGUAGUGGUGCAGGACCAGCUGGACAAACUGUGUGUGUCUCUGUAUGAGGCGGUGACUGGCUCCAUUGAGGGUGAGAUGCCGUACAAUUGGUACACAGACAAACGCUUCCACCUCUUCAUCAUGUGCCUCAUCUUCAUCCUCCCUCUCUCCAUUCCUAAAGAGAUUGGAAUCCAGAAAUACACCAGUGUGAUUGGCACUCUGGCCGCUACAUAUCUGUGUGUGGCUGUCAUUAUCAAAUACUACAUGAUGGAUGAACAUUUGGCUGUCAUCACCCCAGUGCACAGUGAUGGAAUAGAUUCACUGGCAUCAAUGUUCAGUGUGGUUCCCACCAUCUGUUUUGGCUUCCAGUGCCAUGAGGCAUGUAUAGCCAUCUACAGCAGCAUGGAGAACAAGAAGCUCUCCCACUGGGUCAUGAUCUCUGUGAUCUCCAUGCUCUUCUGCCUGCUCAUUUACACCCUCACAGGCAUCUUUGGCUUCCUGACGUUUGGGCACACAGUGGCGGCUGAUAUUCUGAUGUCAUAUCCUGGGACUGAUGUCGUCAUGAUCAUUUCCAGGCUUCUGUUUGGGAUCUCAAUCAUCACCAUCUAUCCUAUUAUUCUUCUACUGGGAAGGUCUGUCAUAUUGGACCUGAUAUUGCGCUUUCGUCGUCGCCGGCGGGGUGGGGUCACAAACGCGUUUGAGAAUCGAUGCCGUGUGAUUUUGACUGUCAUGUGGAUCACAGUGACCCUACUCAUCGCCAUGUUCGUCCCUGACAUGAGUGAGGUCAUCAGCGUUAUCGGAGGAAUCAGUGCCUUCUUCAUCUUUAUCUUCCCUGGACUUUGCCUUGUAUUCAUAAUGCAAUCAGAGCCUUUGUCCCAUAAAGUCAGGGUUGUAUGCUCUGUGUGGGGAGUGAUUACUGUAAUCGUUGGAGCCUUCAUCUUUGGACAGAGCACUACCAUUGCUGUAAUGGAGCUUUUCCACAAAUUCUGACCACCUUAAUCACAGCACUAUCAUCUUGGACAGCGUCAAUAUAAUUCCAACAACGUCAUCAUGGUAGUUCCCAGGCCUGUUCGUGGCUCAUCCUAGUUUAAAAGUUGAUGUUAACGGGAGUGUGAAGUGUAUAAUAUAAUGUUAGCUUUACUCAAGAUACAGUAUGGAGCUACGGUCCUUGUUUUGUUUUCAGAAAUUGUUUUAAAGGUGUGCUUACAUUGUACUGUAACCGCUAAAGCUCAAAAGGAAUGUGUCUAUAUUUGCAUGGGGAAAAUUAUCUAAAUAUUUAUUCAUGCAUGGACAUAUGUUUGUUCUUGAAUAAUUAUUAGUGGUCUAAAUGAAACAAUUUUAAAUCACAAACUG